AUGGUGAUCAUCUCUGCUCCUCCGCCUACUUCGUGUACUUCGUUUCUCAAGUCAUCCGCGUUAGCGGCGGCGAGGCAUUCUUCCACCGCCUCCACCACCUCCUCCACCACCGCCACAGCAUUUGCUUCUAGGAGCUCUUUCGUCUUCUCAGGCAGUUCUAAUGGUGCUGUUACUUCUUUCGACUUGGUGUUGCGCGCCGCCGCUGCCUCUUCUAAGUCGGUGAGAGGAAUGGCGGAAUUCGGUGAUGUUAAUCAGAGGAGAGAUUCCACCACCGCGGCUGCGGCGGCGUUGGAGGCUUCUGGCUCCAGUUCCAGCUGCUCUACCUCUGAUGAAUUAUCUCUCCCGCUCAAUUUCGUUGAUUUUCGCAGUGAAGAAGAAAUGCUUUAUGGGAUUAGAAAAGCAGCAGAAUCUGGAAGGAUCUCCUUGAAUAUUAGUCGUAGCAUGGAGGAGCUGUAUCAGAAUUAUCGAAAUGCAGUUUUCAAAAGUGGGGAUUCAAAAGCACCUGAGGUUGCACUGUCUAACAUGUCUAUGCUAUUUGAUCGCAUUUUCGUGGAUGUGAAGGAUCCUUUUGAAUUCUCAUCGUAUCAUAAAGCUAUUCGUGAACCUUUUGACUACUACACUUUUGGCCAAAACUAUAUCCGCCCAUUGAUUGAUUUCAGGAACUCCUAUAUCGGCAAUCUCUCUCUUUUUGAUGAUAUAAGGGUGAAGCUACAACGGGGGGAGAACAUUGUGAUGAUGUCGAACCACCAAACUGAAGCAGAUCCAGCUGUCAUUGCUUUGCUGUUGGAGUCAACACAUCCUGAUCUGGCUGAAAACAUGAUCUAUGUAGCUGGCGAUAGAGUUAUCACUGAUCCUCUUUGUAAGCCGUUCAGCAUGGGAAGGAAUCUGCUUUGUGUUUAUUCAAAGAAGCAUAUGAAUGAUGUUCCUGCGCUGGCUGAUAUGAAACGAAGAGCAAACACGAAAAGCUUGAAGGAAAUGGCAUUGCUUUUGAGGGCUGGAUCAGCAUUGAUAUGGAUUGCACCAAGUGGUGGAAGGGACAGGCCUGACCCUCAUACUGGAGAAUGGUACCCUGCACAAUUUGAUCUUUCAUCAGUGGACAACAUGCGAAGGCUUGUUGAACAUGCUGGUGUUCCGGGUCACUUGUAUCCGUUGGCAAUCUUGUGCCAUGAUAUUAUGCCUCCUCCACUAGAGGUUGAGAAAGAAAUUGGCGAGAAAAGGGUGAUAUCCUUCCAUGGAACGGGAUUGUCAGUUGGAGCAGAAAUCGAUUUCCAUGACCUUGCUGCCUCCUUAGACGACCCUGAAAAGGCUAAGACAGCAUAUACACAUGCAUUAUAUGAUUCUGUUACUGAACAGUAUGAAGUGCUAAAAUAUGCUGUCCAUGGGAAACAGGGUCUAGAGGCAUCAAUCCCUUCUGUCUUAUUAUCCCAGCCAUGGCAAUAG